UUUGCUUUUUUUGUUGAAGUGAGGCGUCAAGUCAAGCGAUCGUUCAGCGCCCAUCGGUGAUAUGCGAAUGUCUUUUUUAUUCAUCUGAAACAUAUUUUCUGGAUUGAAUUGGAGAAACAAAAAACAAAAUUCUUUCAAAAUUGUGCGCGUUCGUGCCCGAUGUCUAGUGCUGAAGUCACCGAUAAUUCCGUUGACCCCCCGGCAAAAAAGCGGAAGCUAAACACAGAAGAAGCGAGUUGCAAAUCUUCAGUAAUGGCGAACAAUGGAACGCGUGUUGAAGAUGAAAUCGACGAGAGUUUGUACUCCAGGCAGCUGUAUGUCCUCGGACACGAUGCAAUGCGCCGAAUGGCUAAUUCGGACGUUCUCGUUUCGGGCUUGGGGGGUCUAGGUGUCGAAAUUGCCAAAAAUGUGAUCCUCGGUGGUGUUAAAUCGGUGACUCUUCAUGAUGAUCGUACAUGUUCAAUAUCAGAUUUGUCGUCCCAGUUUUAUUUGUCCGAGGCAACUAUCGGACAGAAUAGAGCAGUUGCCUCAUGCGAGCAGUUAGCUGAACUUAACCACUAUGUGCCCACGAAGGCUUACACUGGACCACUGACAGAGGAGUUCUUGAAGAAGUUCAGUGUAGUGGUGUUGACAGGAGCAUCGAGAGCCGAACAAGAGCGUAUAGCAGAAAUAACUCAUGAUAAUAACAUAGCAUUGGUCAUAGCUGAUACUCGCGGUUUAUUUUCUCAAGUGUUUUGCGAUUUCGGAGAAGACUUCACGGUCGUGGACGUGAACGGCGAGAACCCUGUGACUGCUAUGAUAGCCGACAUCACACAUGAGCAAGAAGCAGUGGUCACUUGCUUGGAUGAUACUCGGCAUGGCUUACAAGAUGGAGAUUAUGUUACAUUUAGUGAGGUCCAAGGUAUGACUGAACUGAAUGGUUGUGAACCAAUUAAGAUCAAAGUUAUAGGUGCAUAUACUUUCAGUAUUGGGGACACCACAAAUUUCUCCAAAUAUGUCCAAGGAGGCAUAGUAACCCAAGUAAAAAUGCCCAAGAAAUUGAAAUUUAAGCCUCUAAAGGAAUCUCUAAAAGAACCAGAAUUCAUCAUAACUGAUUUUGGUAAAAUGGACUAUCCCCAACAAUUACAUGUUGCUUUUGCUGCUCUGCAUAAAUUUGAAGAAAUUGAGAGCUGUUUACCAAAGCCUUGGAGCAAUAAUGAUGCUCAAAAGUUUUUGGAGAUUGUCAAUGAAAUUGUUAAAAGUGGUGAUAUCGUCAAAGAUGGGGAAUUUGAAGUAAAUAAAGAACUGAUGGAAACUUUUGCCAAGAUAUCAUCUGGUGAUUUGAACCCAAUGAAUGCUGCUAUUGGUGGUGUGGUUGCUCAAGAAGUAAUGAAGGCAUGCUCUGGAAAAUUCCACCCAAUUGUCCAGUGGAUGUAUCUUGACGCAAUUGAAUGCUUGCCCUUGGAUAGAUCCGAGUUAACUGAAGAGAACUGCAAACCAACCGGAUCAAGGUAUGAUGGUCAGAUAGCUGUGUUUGGAAAGAGUUUCCAGAAGAAAAUUGGUCAACUUAAAUACUUUAUUGUUGGUGCUGGUGCUAUUGGUUGUGAGUUGCUAAAGAACUUUGCAAUGAUGGGGGUAGGAGCGGAUGGUGGGCGGGUCACAGUAACUGACAUGGAUCUUAUUGAGAAGUCUAACCUCAACAGACAGUUCUUGUUCAGGCCUCAUGAUGUGCAAAACCCCAAAUCUAGUACUGCUGCUAAGGUAAUCAAACGGAUGAACCCUUUAAUGAAUGUGCUGGCGCAAGAGAACAGGGUUUGUCCCGAGACUGAGUGUGUCUAUAAUGAUGAGUUCUUUGAGGCACUUGACGGCGUAGCUAACGCUCUGGAUAACGUGGAUGCCAGAAUAUACAUGGAUAGACGUUGUGUGUACUACAGGAAACCAUUACUGGAGAGUGGUACACUUGGCACAAAGGGAAAUACACAGGUGGUCGUCCCAUGCCUCACAGAAUCGUACAGCUCAUCGCAAGAUCCACCAGAGAAGAGUAUCCCAAUAUGUACUCUCAAGAACUUCCCCAAUGCUAUUGAGCACACACUACAGUGGGCCCGUGACGAGUUUGAGGGCUUGUUUCGCCAGGCAGCAGAACACGCUGCACAGUAUCUACAGGACCCUCACUUCUUGGAGAGGACCAUGAACUUGCCUGGCAGUCAGCCACUGGAUUCGUUGGAGAGUGUAAGGAAUGCAAUUAAUGAGCGGCCGCUCAACUUUGAUGACUGUGUCAAAUGGGCCCGACUGCACUUUGAAGCUCAGUACUCCAACCAGAUCAAACAACUGUUAUUCAACUUCCCAUCUCAUCAGACAACAACAAGUGGUGCAAAAUUCUGGUCGGGUCCAAAGAGGUGUCCAUCACCACUGACAUUUGAUCCGGAGGACGAGCUACAUUUGGACUAUAUUGUGGCUGCUGCUAAUCUGCGGGCUCAAGUAUAUGGUGUCCCCACUUGUGUGGACCGAACACAUAUCGCCACAGUGGCGUCUAGCGUACAGGUUCCAAUAUUCAAGCCGAGGUCAGGUGUCACAAUUGCAGUCACUGAUGCUCAACUACAACAGAUGAGUGAUAAAAUGGACCAGAAAAAAGUCAAAAAUAUCAUAGGAGAUCUACCUCCACCUAGUGAACUCGGUGACCUCAAAAUAACUCCACUUGACUUUGAAAAGGAUGAUGACACCAACUUCCAUAUGGAUUUUAUUGUUGCCGCUUCUAACUUACGAGCUGCUAACUAUAAGAUACCACCUGCUGACAGGCAUCGUUCCAAGCUCAUCGCUGGAAAGAUCAUCCCAGCCAUAGCAACAACCACAUCAGUUGUGGCAGGCCUAGUUUGUUUAGAACUGUACAAACUAGCACAGGGUGUCAACAAACUGGAGAUAUUUAAGAAUGGCUUUGUCAACCUUGCCCUGCCCUUCUUUGGUUUUUCUGAACCAAUUGCGGCUCCAACUAACACAUAUUAUGACAAGAAGUGGACCUUGUGGGACAGGUUUGAAGUGAAAGGAGAAUUAACAUUACAAGAGUUCCUUGAUUACUUUAAGAAUGAGCAUAAAUUGGAGAUUACAAUGCUCUCACAGGGUGUCUGCAUGUUGUACUCAUUUUUCAUGUCUAAAGCCAAGCGCCAGGAGCGACUGAACCUCCCCAUGUCUGAGGUGGUCACCCGAGUAUCAAAGAAGAAGUUGGAGCCUCAUGUCAAGGCUCUGGUGUUUGAGCUGUGCUGUAAUGAUGAGGAUGAUAAUGAUAUUGAAGUACCCUACGUUCGAUAUACUCUGCCCUAAAAUAGAUAUAAUAUUAGAGAUUAACAUAUAAAGUUCUUGAGUGAUGGGCAGCAUUUUUGCCCUAUCUAACAUAAUAAAUAAUUAAUCUUCUUUUAGAAAAAUUACCGUAUUAAUCUAGGGAUGUAUUUUUACUUUUAACUGGUUAGGUUACCAAAUCUGAACACACUUUACAUUUCUAUUACAAUCUUGGUACGCGCGUCGCUCAGGGCUUUAUAUAAAAAAAAAGUUAUAAACUGCUGACAGGUUUUUAGACCUUUGCAUUUUGUCGCAUUUGCCGGCGAAGUUUCACGAAUUUCACAGAGUGGUGUUCUUUUUAGUUGUACUUUAUGAGACAUGCUUUUGUUGUCUACUUUAAAGUAAAUAUUUAUCGUAGUGUAUGUUUGCUUUCACGGCUAUCACAAUACUGUGCUAAUAUAUCCUAGAUGGUAAUUAUAACUUCAUACUACUUUUUUUGAUUUGAAAUAUUAAAUUGAGUCUGGUAUAUAUUUAAAAGAUAUAAAUUAAAGUUUCAAAAGUA